CGUUAACGGUCCUUUAUUCUCCAUAUUACUAUAAUUAUAGUGUACCGUUCUAUAUAAUACAUAAGUUUCAUUGUAAAGUGCAGUCUGUGCUAUUGUUUAGCAAUAUGAGGGUUUACAUUGCAAUCCUAUUCCUGACAGCAUCCGUUUUAGCCGAGCCAAGUAAAGUGAUACAAAAACGGAGUGGUCUGGUCGGCCACUACGCUGCCAGUGCACCUAUUCUCGGUCACGGGUACUCUGGCCUGGCGUCUGGUUACGGACUCGGAUCGGGUAUCGCUCUUGGGCAUGGCGCAUUGGUUGGCCCCGCGCAAUUAGUCGGUGCUGACGUGCAUACUACUGUGACGAAACAUGUUGGAGUGCCUGUGCCUGCCCCAUAUCCGGUUGCCGUCGAUAGGCCUGUUCCAUACCCCGUAAAGGUGGCUGUCCCAGUGCCAGUCGAUCGUCCUUACGCCGUACCAGUGCCACGACCAUACCCAGUUGCUGUGGAGAAGCACAUAGCUGUGCCAGUCGACAGGCCCGUACCAGUGCCAGUUCCUCAUGCCGUGCCCGUACCGGUCAUUAAACAGGUCGGUGUUCCCGUACCCCAGCCGUACCCUGUCGCUGUACCGAAGCCAGUAGCAGUUCCAGUGGCACAGCCCGUCCCCGUGCCUGUCAUCAAAUCUUUAAUUAGCCCCGCAAUUGCCUCUCCUCUUAUCCACGAAGGCCAUGGACUUUCCUUGCACGGACUCGGACAUGGGCUCUCUGGAUUAGGCUUAUCCGCACACGGCAAAAUCUGGUAAAUUCAAAAUUGGAUAGCUCAUUUGUUUGUUACAAGUCGAAAAUUAAAAACACCACGUACAUUUAAACAUUGAAUGUACGGUAUUAGUGCCAUUAUUAAUAAUCGGCUUUUAAAAGACCUACGCCCACCAUAGACUAUUUUUAGUCCAUUGAAAUGCUAUACUGAAUUUACUAAGUUUGGAGACGCGGAGAGAGGAGUAAUGGGUUUAGGUUACCAGGGACUAUAUAAUUUAAUGAAAUAUAUAGUUUCUGCUAUUAGUAUAUUUAAUUAGUAAGAAACUAUUCUAUAUCACUAACCUAAUUCUCUAGUAACAAA